GUUAUAUGGAAACAAUAACAUUACUGAAUGCGAGUGUUUGUUAAAGGUGAUAUUGGAAAAAUGAAUAGUAAAGGUGUCAAAAUAGUUCAUAUUGAAAAAAAAUUAUGUUUUUUUUCAAUUAAAUGGUAUAGUUGGUAUUGGAAAAUGAAGCUUGCGAGGAGGAAGAGUUUGCUCUUCCCCACCAAUUCAGACAAUGGAGAAGUCAUGUGAGACUUUCUGGAAAUGGGGCAAUGCGCGCAUUUGUCAAAUUCCAGAAGCCCAGCCCAUGCAGUUGGUGAAUGUGGGUACUGGCCAAACACCCCCUGCAAGUCAUACGACAGUUUCUGGAAAUGGGGAAAUGCUCAGAAGAAGAUGGCAUUUGUCAAAACCAGUUCUCCAAUUGACUGCCAAUCACAUGCUGAUGUUUUCUUCAUUUGUAUUUAAUGAAUGUCGAAUGUCUAAUGCAGAAGCCCAGCCCAUGCAGUUGCUGAAUGAAGAAGCGAGGAAUUUGGGUACUGGCCAAAUACCCCCUUCUGAAUUCAUUUGCUGCACUUAACAUGUUGGCUGCAGUAGCUGCUUGUGUGCUGCAAAACGGUUUUAAUUGUUGCAUGGUUCUUCAAUGUGUAGUCCCUCAUGUUCAUGUUCCGAGAUUCAAGAGAGGUCAUAAUGAUAAGAUCAAGUAGCAGUCCCUCAUAAUCAUAUUCCCACAUUCAAAAGAGCUCCAAGUAUUCAGAUUUUGUUUUGCAUUAGUACUAAACGUAUGGAAGGGUUGAUUCAAUAAGAUAAAUUAAUUUUAAAUGAUUUUA